CUAUUUUACAGUGAUAUUGAAUUUUCUCUCUUUUAGGAAUAGCAGAAUCAUGCACCAAGGAAACCAAACUACCGUCACUGAAUUCUUCCUCCUGGGAUUCACAGUGGAGUCUGAACAGCAGCAACUCAUCUUCAUGCUAUUUCUGUGCAUGUAUCUGGUCACCAUGGUAGGAAACGUACUUAUCAUCCUGGCAAUUAUCAGUGACACUCACCUCCACAGCCCCAUGUACUUCUUUCUUGCCAAUCUAUCCUUCACUGACAUCUGCUUUACAACUACAACUGUCCCCAAAAUGUUGGCAGACAUCCGGAGCCAAAGUCCAACUAUAUCCUUUGCAGGAUGCCUUACACAAAUGUAUUUCUUUAUGCUCCUAGUGGACCUGGAUAAUUUCCUCUUGGCAGCCAUGGCAUAUGAUCGGUACAUUGCCAUCUGUCAUCCACUGCGCUAUGCUGCAUUGCUGAAUCCCAGGCGCUGUGCCCUGUUAGUUGUGACCCCAUGGGUCAUCUCCAACAUUGUCUCAAUACUACAUCUCAGCCUGCUGAGUCACUUGUCUUUCUGUGAUCAAAGAACAAUCCCACACUUCUUCUGUGACCUACAGCCCAUUUUAAGGCUUGCUUGCUCAGACACUCAAAUCAACAACUUGUUAAUCUUAGUCAUUGGGGGAGCAGUCAUCUUCAUCCCUUUUACCUUCAUUCUAGUCUCCUAUGUUUUUAUGGGCAACACUGUGUUUGGAGUUCCAUCAGUCAAGGGAAAGUGGAAAACAUUCUCUACAUGUGGUUCUCAUCUCUCAGCUGUGUUUCUCUUCUAUGGAUCUAUUGUUGGGGUCUACUUUCUCCCCUCUGCUACCUAUUCAGCAGAAAGGGAUAAGGUGGCAGCUAUCAUGUAUACAGUUGUAACACCUAUGAUGAACCCCUUUAUUUAUAGUCUGCGAAACAGAGAUAUGAAAGGAGCACUGAUGAGACUACUCAGCAAAAAAAAUUUGAUCUGUAAUAAGUAA